AAGACGAAGAAUUCCUUCUCAGUUCCAGUUAAGAGAGUAUCUAAAACAAGUUCUCCCGUUGACUACUAUCCUGACACGAGAGAAAUGGAACUGAAGUGUACCUUCAAGGGAUGGCCUCGUCCUCGUGUAGUCUGGUACAAUCCAGAUAACAAACAAAUCAUCAACGGAUCUGAAGGUUUUUACAUCUCAGAGCAGCUGGUUGGAAAGGAUACCUUACGUUCCAUUCUCCGUAAUGCUAAUAUCCAAGAAAAACACGAAGGGGCUGCUUAUAAAUGCACUGGAAUGAACAACAUGACUGGCUGGUCGAGUAAAAAAUCAGGGUAUAUUGACCUGAAUUAUCGCUGUGAGUCAUUUAAUUUCUUAUUUCUAAUACUACACACGGAUGCGCAAAACUACCUCCUUUGAAGCAGGUUCAUAAAAUACAUAGUACCAUGCUUCCCCUGUAAGCAGUGAAAAGUAUCCCAUUUAGACUACGAGAGACAGCUCAUUGUCUCUUGAUUUAGACGGAAUUAAAUAUUGAGUGUUUCAUAUUUAAAAUAACAGAUUAACUUAUUCCUAACUGAAUUUAAAAAAAUGUAACUGACAAUUUCGUGCCACCUUCCUCUUCCAUUCAGACUAAAUGGACGCUGGAAUUUUUAUUUGUUUACCCCUCGGGUGACAAGGGAUAAGUAAAUAACUAAAUAAAUAAAUAAAUAAUGACUUAGUGGCGCUAUCUCAUCCACAAAGUGGUGCUUUGUCUACCAUUCUGGCUCAAAUUUACCCUGCGCAGCUGGCGGGAUUAACGUGGGAGUGAUGUGUUGUUUUGGUGGCACUGGCGGAAUAAGGGUGAGAAGCAACAAAUCUCAACCUGGCCGGCCACAUAUGAUGUUGCCUGAGGAAUCAAGCAGAGGACAGUCAUUAAUGAGAGGGGAGUGUUCUCACCUGAAAUUCAGUAGCACCUCUAUAUAACGAGGUCGUCGGUAUAAUUCACAAUUAUUCCACUUAUUCCACGAGUGUGCGUUAGAUAUGAGAUGGUAGUUAGCCAACGAGGCGCGUAGCACCGAGUUGGCUAUAAUUAUCUCAUAUCCAACAAGCGCGAGUGGAAUAAUUAUUCUAUUAAAAACGCCCACAAAAUAUCGAGAAUUCUUCCCGACUUUAUUUGUAAACCAACCCAUUUUCAUCUUGUUUUUAAUUUUGAGUAGACGCCUACAGUUACUAUAUUUAAAGAGCAUGGUAUAACGGCUCAUAUACCAUGAUGGCUAAGCCAAUCAGAGAUCUAGAAUUGCAUUAUCCAAUGAUUCAAUUUUUAAAAAUAAGCGAUAUUCUCCUCCCCAGAAAUAAUACAGUCAAACCCCGUACAUCCCGACACUAAAGGGGCCGUACUAAGAAAGAGUCCGUAUUAACGGGGUGACCCUAUUAAGCGGGUAGAAAAUGUAAGGGCUUUCUGUCCCCAGGGACAAAGCAAACUGUUCGUAACAAUGAGAUGUCUGUAUUGAGCGGGCGUCCGUAUUGGAGCGGAGUUUGACUGUACAAUAAAUAAAAGGAACUUCGAUAUAACAAAACCUCUCUAUGGCGAGCAUAUUUUGCCAGUCCCUCAGGUCUUCGUUCAGCUGUUCGUUACAUCAAGAUUCCAAUGUAAACUGUUGUGUGGCUGUCAAAUGAGAAAAGGAGACGCCGAAUAGCUAUUGAAAUCAACACUUAGUCGGGGGUACCCAACGUCAAUUUUCGGAAAAUAUCUGUUCGGAAGACGAUUUGAGAUCUAGAAUUUUCGGAACAUUUUUUUGUAAAAUUUCUUGCUAGCCUGCUUCUCCUUGGAUUUUCGAACAUCUAAAAAUUGGUAAAAAUGCCCAUUUUUAACGGAUUUUUGCCCUGAAAAGGUCACCUAGAAUUUUCAGGAGCCUUUUUUCUGGCUGAAAUUUUCGAAAACGUAAUUUUUGAUCCCUAUAAUUUUCGGAUCACUAGACUUUCAGCUAGGAUGUCCGAACAGAUGAAAAAUUUUUAGGGGAUAAAAAUAUGCCUAUAUCUACCGUUUAAAUACCAAACUGCAUUUAACAACGCUAUGUUUAAGCGGUUUUGAACUAUAUUCUCGUUGGGUGCCCCUGCUUAGUAGCACAGGCCAUACUGGUGGUGGUACGAGAAGUGGGGUUCAUCCGAUCAACCGAUCGUUACAGCACCUCUAAAGUCGGCGUGACGAGACAAGUCGCAAAAGAGGGAACCAGUGGGAUAAACAAAAUCAGCACGUAAAAAAUCCAGAGCGUUGAGAUGCCCUAUAUAUUGUCACAAAUACUCAGGAGGGGAGGGUAAGAGUAAGAAGGUUACCCCUUACGGUUGCACAAAAAAUGGUAACCAUUUUCAAAUAAUCUUUGCUCAUCAUAUCUUCUUAUCAUCUAAUACAGGUCUCUUGCCUAAAGCUCCGCAGAUUUCUUCUCUCGAGGUUUCGGAGAUAGCCUACCUCAAUGUCAGUUUAAAGUGCAAAGUAGGUGUUAGGCCAAGCGACUGUUGGGACAAUUCUUUACGGUGGUAUUUUAACAACAACUCAGAGCAAUUAGAAUCUGGUGAAAAGUAUAAUAUACAAGAAAGGAAAACCAACACCAGAUGCAAAACAGAUUUCAUUCUCACCAUUAUUAACGUUACUGAAGCAGACGAAGGAAAGUAUAAAUGUCAGUGGCUCUGCGAAAAUGACUACCCCAGCUUUUCCAGGUCUUCAAUUAUCCAGCUGAAAGUAUUUCCUCCUUCAGAAGAAGGUACUGAUACUCCUGUGAUAUCUAAAGGUAUUGUGCUGAAUUGACCCAUUUUUCAGAUUGAAUGAAGAACACUUUACUUUUCAUCUGCAGUACAAACAUUCUGGUACGUUUGCUAACCGUAAAUAUGGAGAACUGUCUUACCUCCAAAAAAUCCGAAAAUGUGCUACUCCGUUUUAUUCAAUCCAGUCUUGAAAAUGGGACCCCAUCCAGUGGCACAUCCCCAUUAGCCUCUUAUAAGGAAGUACUCCCCCCACCCCCCUCGGGCUCAAAACAGUAACAGGGCAAAUGGAAAGGAGUCAUGUCAUGUGAGGACAAGCUUGAAGCGUUGAAACUGAUUGCAACUGAUUUUUUUAUUAGAAAACGGAGAAUCCAAUCCGAAGAAUAACUCGCAAUUGUAUAACAGUAAUUUUAUCCGAUCUGAAAUCAAAUUGUACAAACAUAUUCUAUUUAAUAAGGGUAAUCAAAUAAUUGAUUCAUGAAACUAGAAAAAGCGGAAUAAAUGCCGAUAAAAGCUAAAAGUUGAUACAAGCGAAGUCACGUGGUUCUUAAAGGAAACAAACUCAAUUUAAGCUACUUCAAUUCUGUUUAAAAGGUAACGAAAGAAUGACUAAAUUAACAAAACGAAGGUAACAUACAGUUCACUUACUUCUAUGGUGAGUUUUCUCAAAUGUCCCCGAAUAAGCAUUAAAUCGGUCCGGGUAGCAGGUAAACUGUUAACACUUUCAUCCUUGCAGUACGGCGGUCGGUAAAAAACUUAUAAAAACUCGAACAAAGCGGGUACUUUUGUGCUUCCUGUUGGGCGUUUACAUUUUCCUACUUUUGCCAGCAAGAUUAAAUGUAAAUAUUCCUUGAAUAGUUCUUUUACUACGUUAACACUGAGGUUUUUGAAAACUCAAAUACCCUAAAAGUUUUUCAAAAUUCUUUUUUUUUCGCCUGUAACUUUUCAUAUAAUGUCUGGGGAACAAAUGUGUUUGAUAUGAAGCAGUUUUGUCAUUUGCAAGUGAUUUCUUAACUUACGCUGAGUUCCAUUGAGAAUACCGUAAGGACAUAUUUGGCAAUAUUAUCAAAAUGAACCAGGAAACCAUGACGUCAUAGCCCAUUUGUUUCGGUGAGAGGGUACUCCCUUUGUAAGCGAAUUGUUUAAAGCCGUUUGGGUCUGUCGUUUGGGUCUGUCGCGAUACCCAUCAAGGGGACGGCGAAUCGUAACCCCCUUCUUUAUCUGUAUAAUCGUUCCACAUGAUACAAUAGCCGAAUCAGAAUCCAGCACUGCAUCUUCAGGGCGGAAAAACGUAAUGAGCAUGCGUGAACUUUUUCGCCCAGAUCCCCUGGCCGGGUUUGAAAAAAUGGCGGGAUUUCAAAUAUUUUAUUGCCUAAAAAUAAAAUGUUUUCACUUAUAAUUUGGAAAGAACAGGCAAUUUGUCUGUAAAAGUUGCAAGCUGUGGUUAUAACCUUGUCGUUACUUAAUUUUCUCGAAGAAUACCUCAUAGUAAAACGGACUUUAACGACAUUAAUUUCCUUGCGUUGUACUGGAAAUGUGCAUUCGUAGCUCCGAUUUUUUUCGAGAUGCAUUCACAAAAUGUGUUCAUAUAAGGAAGUUCCUGGAUAUAUAAGGUCCGGAGCUCCACUGUGGACACAAAAACAACAUAUCUUUGGACAGUGAUUUGCCCAAAAAAAAUAACGCUUGCCCACAAUGUGUUUGAAGUCACUGAACUUUGUCGCACUCGAGCUGAUAUUUUUUUAUUAAAAAACCCGCGCUCGAUCGGACACUCGCACUUUCGCAGAUCACUAAAAUAUAAACAAAAUCCUCAAUGUAGAAGUUAUUGCGUUGAUAUGUGGGCAGAAAAAAGGUCAAUCUUUAUCUAGUAAAAUCUUCCCAAAAAUCGGUUUCAAAGGAACUAUAGUUUUUUAAACUUGCUCGUUUUGCGCAGAUAUAUAAAAAUUGCUUUGUGUUGUCAAGUUGAACAGGCAUUAAACAUCUGUCAAAAACCUACGCGUAAGUAGGAUUUCCUUCAAACAAAGUUAAAGCUACAUUAUUUCAAAAACUUCUUGCUGACAAUGAAGAAAUGAAUUUUCUGUGCGAAAACAACCUACCCAAAGAUCUUAAAAGCAAAAGAUCAGUUGCAACUUGGCAGCCAAGCCAUGAUCCACUAUUUAGCUAUUUUCAAUAAGCUUAACUGGUCCAUGCGAGGGUCUUCGUUUAAGCAAAUUAAACUCAUCCGGUCAUUAGAAAAUACAGAAAAUUGCACAUAAGGGUUUGUUUUGCUCGCCUCAGUCAAAUCAAGCUGCACCAAUUGUUUACGGGAAAAGAGUCAAUUGUUUUGAAGUUUAACACUGCCGGCAGUUGUCGUUCUCUACUUCACAGCGAGUGAAAAGGACAAUUUACGCACAGAAAGUUACUCUUAUAAAGAACAGAAACUUUCACAGUGCACUGGAAAGCAAAACUAUGUCUUAGUAAUGAAAAAUGAAAAAAACUCUGACUAUUAUUACUUGAGCAACAGAAAAAUGAUCUUGAGUAAGCUUGCUGGCCUUCUAUUUCGAGAAAGUUUAAUAAGCGCACAACGGUUUGUUGACUCUGAUGCGUUAAAACAGCAAUAUGGUUCUUUCACUGAAGACAAAGAUAAAGCUGGUUCUGCAAAGGUAAUAAAUCUGGGCAUGUAAAAAAAGUAAGCGUAACUACUAAUAACAGAAUACAAGCGGGUUUUCAUUCAACCCGGCGAAAUCAACUCAUAUCAAAAUUAAUCGGAUGCACAAUCAGAAAAAUACUCGCCUCUUAAGAAAUGUUCAAAACCUUUUAUUCCACCUCAGAUUGACGGAAUGAUCCGUUUUUCCUUUAACAUUGAUUGUUCUGAAUCCAAAGUAAUUUUCAAGCGACGAAAAAAAGCAAACAUUUCAAAUAAAAAUGCUUUACAGGAAGCAAACGUUCGCACCUCGUGCAUUUCAUUCAGAACUCCAGCAACAAACAAACAUAGUCAACACACAGAAAAGCCCGCCUUGAGCCUGCGAUAAGGGAUGCGCAGAAGCCUGCGCAGAACGUUUUUCCGCCCUGAACACUGCAUCUGGGUUGAGUAAUGUAUUAGGUUCCAGACAUCUUAUAUUUUAGGGCAGGUUUUGCACAUGCGCAGUUGCAUUAAAAGAAUGACUAGCAAAUGGUUCGUUUCGUGUUGUUGUUUAAGACCAGAAUAUUACAAUUUUGGUGACCAGGAUGGCGCUUGUAGGUCAAGUUGGAGAGUAUGUGGACGGUAAAAAAGAUAUUGCAAGUUAUAUCGAAAGAGUGUAAUUGUAUUUUGCGGCGAAUUAUGUCAAGGCGGAUUACAAAGUUGCUACUUUUCUAGCGUUUAUCGUAGCAGAUGCAUAUGGCAUGGCGCGAAAAUUGUCAGCCCCUGAACGUCCAAAAUAUAAGUCUUUGUGCAAUAGUAUGAAAAGCUGACUGAACGAUUUGGAAACCUAGCUCUAAUUUCAAAGUCACUGAUCAAUAAGUUCCUGGAGAUAUCAGCAGAUCAGGAUGACAACAAUUUGACAGCUCGCGCAACAUAUAUUGUGAGAACAUUUAUGGAGCAGGUUUUAGACCAGCAACUAAUAUGCAGCAGAUUGUUACAAAGCUACCUCCAAAAAUUGUAGUAAGGUGAAGCAGGCAAAAGUUAAAGCUACAGCCGAAAUAAGUUGAUCUUAGCUACCUGGUGGCUGAAGGUUGACCUUAGCGACCAGUGGCUGAAACCGACAGUCAAGUCGAAGUGAUAGCCUUUGGUUGCUCCAGUAAUAUAGAGAAUCCUGAACAAGAGAAACCCAAGACAAAUUCAAACAAAUCGAAGUGGCUCAGGAAAAAGAACAUGCGAACGCAAUUUAUGCAAUUGGCCUGCUGCCAACGUCAGUGGCUUCAUAGCUCAUUUGGUAGAUCAUCGCACCGGUGAUCGCGAGGUCACCGGUCCAAACCCCGUUGAAGUCCUGAAUUUUUUUGUUUUUGUUUUUGUUUUUGCAUUUUCUUUCAGGCUUCUUUACGCAAUUGCAUAAAUUGCGUUCACUGCGACCAUCAUUUCUUCAUUUUCAUUUCAUUUCCGCAGUUCAUAUGUGAUUUAUUUCAUAUAUCAAUAACACUCAUUUCUUUCAUGGGAACAUAUGAACCCACAAUUGACCUCCUCCCAAUGUCAGUGGCUUCAAAGCUCCGUUGGUAGAGCAUCGCACCGGUUAUCGCGAGGUCACGGGUUCAAACCCCGUUGAAGUCCUGAAUUUUUUUUCAGGCUUCUUUACGCAAUCGCAUAAAUUGCGUUCACUGCGACGAUCAUUUCUUCAUUUUCACAAAUCACUUUGGGGGAAUUAUUGAUAGGCUCAGUCUAAAAACAAGCAAGUUGCAUUAAGUGAACGCUUGAAUCAAGCCAGCUUAUUAGCAGAAGGAUGCACGAUUACAGAAAUUUGCCUACAAUUCAUUUCUGUGCUGACGUAUUUCUGUUUACAAAUUUUCCUAUUCAUCUCCAAAUUCUUUCUCCGGCUGUUAAAAUAAAUUGCAUGUAAAAAGUGCAAGAGGAAUAAAGGAAAUUACACCUUCUAAUAAAAUCUUUCGUUAUAGUUAAAAGAAUUCUUGAAACUGAGAAUGUUUUGAUCAAAGCAGCGUCAAUCGAUUUGAAUCAGUGCAUGGAAUCUUGCGUUUUCUGUUUUUAUCUCCCAAAUAUUACAUCAAUAUGAAUCUGUAAAUUUCAAAGAGCUACACAAGAGUCAUACAAAGGCAAAGGAUACAAGUGACCAAAAACAAAAAAAGAAAAGGGACGUUGUAAUGUCAACUACACUAAACACCAGCAUAUAUAUAAGAACCAACACCGGGGCAUAUGUUUACCUAUAUUAGUAAUCGUAUUUGUUUCUCUUUUCAUUUGAAAUUUCCUUUUUUUGUAUCGAUGAAAGUAAUAUGUUGAGGACGUUUCCCCUUUACCAACUUUAUUUGCAGAUCCUUCGACACCAUCGACACAAAAGACUACAAACUCAACUUCAACAGGUCAGUGAUGUUAAGGGGUGGUCACUAAGUAUAGUGUUGCAAUGGGACUAAUUGUACGUAGUUGCGGAUCCAGACCUUCAGAUAAGGGGGGGGGGGGGGGUUUAAAAAAAAAUUUUUUUCGAUCUUUCGGGUCUUAAUACGAAACAGUGGAAGAAAACAGAACCACCCUGAGUCGGCCCUGAGUCGCUGAACUGUUAUGGCAAUUCAAAAGUAAUUACCGGGUGUCAGUAAAACACGGGGCACGGGGUCGCGGCCGGGGUCGGGGUCUAUCUCUUUUUUUAUAGAAUACCGUUUGAAGGUUAGGAUUAGGGUUAUGUGAGGGUUAGGGUUAGUGUCAACCCGAACCCUAACCGUAACCCUAAAACAGCAUUCUUUAAAAAGAAUAUAGGCCCCGACCCCGGCCCCGACCCCACGUUUUACUGACACCCGUAAUUACCAAAGAGUUGCAUCGUGCUCCAGUCUAAAGACAUUUUUUCACAAAUUAACAAAAUAUAGGCUCUGUGAUAGUACCACAGUACAGUACCAUUAAAAUUCCAGGGGGGGGGGGGUAGACUCCACAUAUGAAAGGGGUGGGGAUGCUCGUCAAAAAAUUUUGAAUUAAACUCCUAAAGGAGACUGGUCUGAGCGUGGCCCAAGCUUUUCUUUGAUCCCUAAAAGAGGCCAUGUUAAAACACAAACAAAUGAGAAAACUUGGAUUAUAUGAAUGGAGUAGAUGAAACAAAUUAAAAAUAUACAUAUCAAAUAUAUAUUUUUAUAUUUUUUCGCGUGCAACCCUAAACGAGACCUUCACGGCUAAAUAUGAUGGCAAAAUUCAGGCACGUGUGCGGGGUUUGCUCUAACGAAUUGUGAUUCGCUAGGAAGAACAAUUGCCUUCUAUCAAGUAUUUUUCCAGCAGGGGAGGGUGGCUUUGGGCAAAUGGCGUAUCAGUCUCCAGAAAGGUCACCCCAAGACUCCCGGGAUGGGUUUUUUUUUACAGUGCCCAGGCCUCAUUUUCUUGGCCGCGCGUUGAUCUGGCCCGGCCACUUGGGCGAGCAUGUUCUCAGUCUUUUGGGAUUAUAUCCUUCGAGUUUGUCAAAGUCUGUGGGAUUCGUUUCUCUAUCUGGGAAAGCUUCAUUGGUUUCUAUAUCUGCUGCUAUUCUAUUUAUACGAUCCUGGCAUGUUUAUUUACCGUUGGAGUUGGAAAAAGUUGUGUUAAAAGGGAGCAUGGCGGCGAAGAGGGCAUCUCGUGUCUCCUACCUUUUAUAUUAUUAUUGUAUAUAGAGUGAAUUUGAACAAAUUAUCACGAAACUUUGUUGGAGCAUUAAGAACAACAACAACUAACUGCAGAGUAAGUUUCAUUGAUCUUUAUUCAGUAUUUUCUAGAAAUUUUAGAAUCGCAUUUUUACCCCAUACAAAGAUUGUAAAUUUACUGGAACCGUACUGUGGUACUAUCACAGAGCCUGGGUUACCUGUGGUAGGCCUUUCCCGAUUGUGCUCGGCAACUUUUGGCGUUUGGAGCAAAUUUUUUCGGUUCUAGCAACCUCGAGCAAAUUUUGCCUUUCUGAACAACUUUUGAGCAAAAUAUAGGUUUAGUGGCCCCUCGGUCUAAAGCACAUAUCAAACUCGAAAAAGUCAACGAUUUCAUAGAAAACUUUAAUUGUUUUAAUUUCUUUUUUAAGUUUUUUGAAAUUUUUGGAAUAUUUUAGUUUUUUUUUCUUGACCGAUGUUAGUAAUUAUUGUGAAGAACGAAAAAUAAGCUUUUAAUUAACAUUUAUAUAUAAAUAUCAAGAAAUUUAGGUGCCAUUUUUUGAAAUUUAGGUGGCAAAUUUUUGGGCAUUCCAUUGAGCAACUUUCCAGCAUUUUAUGAGCACAAUUGGGAAAGGCCUGAUGCUGGGGGGAUACUCCCCAUAAUGGCAUAUACGGGGGGCUCAAAAAGGGGUACUUUUUUCAGGCAUUAGAUCGAUGAAAGGGUAAGGAUUUUACUUCUUAAACUACAUGAAAGGGUAGUUCUAUCUCAGCGAUCGUCGUCGCUGCGAACUCUGAAAAGUCAGGUUUCCAUAUGAUCGCUAUGAUCGCUAUGAUCGCUGCGAUAGCUGAACUUUUUUUCUCAGCGAUCGCAACAAUCAGGGCGAGCGUAGAGAUCGUAGCGAUCAUAUGGAAACCAGGCUUUAAGCUCCCUGUUAGCCUGCGUCGGGUCGCAGACAUAAUGUACCAGUCAAUAACAAAACUGCCCAUGCCCCCGCGCAGACCCCUGGAAUCUGACUUUUUUUGAAAGGUUUUGGUCAAAUUCCCGGGUAUGUUGGCAGUUUAGAUGGUCAAAUACCCCACCGGCUAGCGCUUCAAAAAGUGUCAAAUCCCCCACUCCAUUAGCGGCUAUUCAUGAUAAAAAAUUUUCUCCAUGCGUCAAACCGUUUAUUCAAAUCUAAAUUUCUUCCUAAACACAACCGAAAUAUCUCAAGUCUAGGAAAACUGUCUUAGGGAGAUUUGUUCAUUCCAAUAACAUUGUUCAUUUCAAAAAGCCCAUUUUUAACGGGCUCUUUCAAGCUACGUUCAAACGGACGCAAUGUUGGUAGUUGUUGGCUAACAAUGUUGCGUCCGUUUGCACGUAACUUCAAAAGCUCUCCGAAAUGCCGCAAUAAAACAGUGAAUAUAGGAGCAAUGACGUCAAUAAUCCUUGAACGUGAUGUACACGCUAAACGAAACGCUGACCAGCACUUUGACACGAAAGUCAAUGCCCGACAGGUCGGGCCUCAUUUUGGGUCAAAUUUCCCACUGUACGGAAAAAUACCCCGGGGUAUGCCCGGGGAGUGGGAGGUUUUAGAAUUGACUGGUAAAUAAUGUAACCCUUGUUAGAAGUUUAGUUCCGUCUUUUGCGCAGGCUAGCUAGAUAGAUUAAGGCUCGGUACUAAUAAACAUUCGGCUGGCGCACGAUAUAUAGCGAAUAGCAAGUCUUUGGCGCAGGCUAGCUAGAUAGAUUAAGGCUCGGUACUGAUAAACAUUCGGCUGGUGCACGGUAUACCUAGCGAAUAGCAAGUCUCGAGUUACGUCAUAAAGAACACAACAAUGAUCCUUAUCCCUUACACAAUAACACAAUAGAACGAGACAAUAGUGUAUAUUGACUUGGUAUAUCGAGCAUCCUCCAAACAUUCGCUCAUUUGUUUAAUACCCACUUUUAACUGAGUCUGGAUUUCUAAUUUCUUUGGAGAAGCACCAUCAGAUACAGAAGCAGCAACAACCGGCCAAGGUAACAGCAAGUCAGCUGACAAGUGGAUUCCCGCGAUUGCGAUUUUAACGUCUGCACUGGCCUUGUUUUUGAUCCUGUUUACGGCGUAUCACUUUAUUGGUAAAAAGUCUGGCAGAGGAUACUGCGCGUGGUAUAAGAUGACAUCCGAUCAUUUAUCAAGCAAAGAAAAUCACUAA